ACAAUAAUCGAGAAUGCAGCAAUCUCUACGCUUAGAACUUCUAUGGAUCGCCUACGGUCUUAUUCUCGUUGUCUGGGGCAUUAAUGGAUUAAAUAUACCCGAAUGUGGCAAUCAAAAUGGUUUUAUUAACAAUACCCGAUCGAAUUGUAGUUACUCCUAUAUAAAUUGCUCGGGACAGGAUUCGAUGUUUUGCUUGGACAACAGGACCUGUAAUGUCAACUACACUUGUGGUGAUAUAUUAACUAAUACAACAGCUGCACCUGUUACAACAACACCAAUUGCUAUAACCACAACAACAACAACAACAACGCCUUCGCCAACGGCCUCACCUUCCGAUAUAAGACGUCAGUGCCGUCAGGGUGUAACCAAAAGGUUUAGUUAUCCACAGAAUUGUAACUAUUUCUACUACUGCGUGGAUGGCUUUCUAUUGGUGGAGCAAUGUCCUAUUGGCUAUGCCUUCGAUUCGGAAACUGGAGCUUGUGGUGGUCUCAUAAGAAACUCCAAUGAUUGUACUUUAAAGUAA